GUCUUUCUAGCUAUGACAUGGUGCACUAUGGCCACUCGAACCAGCUACGCCAGGCUCGGGCCAUGGGAGAUUAUCUGAUUGUUGGAGUCCACACAGAUGAGGAGAUUGCCAAGCACAAGGGCCCCCCUGUCUUUACACAGGAGGAGAGGUACAAAAUGGUGCAAGCCAUCAAGUGGGUGGAUGAGAUUGCUCCAGGAGCUCCCUAUGUCACCACACUGGAAACCCUGGACAAAUAUGACUGUGACUUCUGUGUGCACGGUGAUGACAUCACCUUAACAAUAGAUGGCAAGGAUACCUAUGAGGAAGUGAAGACAGCGGGGCGAUACAGGGAAUGCAAACGCACCCAAGGUGUGUCCACUACCGACCUCGUUGGCCGCAUGCUGCUCAUGACUAAGGCUCACCACAGCAACAUAGAUGAGGACCUAGACUAUCGGAAGCACACUGACAACUUUGGGAAGGGGCCAAAGGGUCACAGUCCCUGGACUGGCGUCUCGCAGUUUCUACAGACUUCUCAGAAGAUCAUCCAGUUUGCAUCAGGGAAGGAACCACAGCCAGGAGACACUAUCAUCUACGUGGCCGGAGCCUUUGACCUGUUCCAUAUUGGGCAUGUAGAUUUCCUGGAGAAGGUUCACCAGUUGGCAGAGAAGCCCUACAUCAUUGCUGGGCUGCACUUUGAUCAGGAAGUAAAUCGCUACAAAGGGAAGAACUAUCCCAUCAUGAACAUCCAUGAGAGAACACUCAGUGUCUUGGCCUGUAGGUAUGUCUCAGAAGUGGUGAUUGGAGCCCCCUAUGCUGUCACUGCUGAUCUGCUGGAUCACUUCAAGGUAACACUCGUGUGUCAUGGGAUGACUGAGGUGGUGCCAGACAAGGACGGUUCUGAUCCAUAUGAGGAACCGAAGAGACGUGGCAUUUUCCAGCUGGUGGACAGUGGCAGCAAUCUCACCACGGAUUUAAUUGUGCAAAGAAUCAUCAAGAACAGGCUGGAGUUUGAAGCUAGGAACCAGAAGAAGGAAGCAAAAGAGCUGGCUGUGUUGGAGGCCAUGAAGAGACUGGAAGAAGAGAAGCACUAGGCCAGCGGAGAGCCGAUGUGCGGGUCGCAGAGCACCGCAGCCUCACCCUCUUGAGGGGCAGGCAGCUCUUCGAGAGGAGACCCCUGAACGGGGACACCGCUGCCGGCAAUGCAGGAUGCGCUGUCCUACCCUCUUCUGUCCUAGCUCCUCCUGCACUAAUUAUGCAGACAUAACGAGUCAGGAUCCUGCUGCCUAGUUUUUCCUCCGUUAAUCAGCUCCCGUCCCCUUUCCCAGGAGAAGAUUUGACAA